UGGACUUUGAAAUCCUUUUAGAGCAGUUGUCUCUUGUUUACACUGACUGCAGCAGUUCCGGUCAGCACAGGAGGGAUUUCAACGUCAUGUUCAAUAGUGUUUUUCUAAAAUCAGCAAAUGAAUAGAUGAAAGCAUUUCAAACUUAUUUUAUAAGAGCAAAUUUUACAUUACAGUGCAUUUUAAACUGAAGUUCUUCUCACUAAAGCGUCCCAUAAGAAGGAAACCAUGUGAGGUGCAGCUGAUUGCAGUGCAGCCUGCUGCUGCCGCUGAUGGCUGCUCUGAGCUCAGCAGUGUGCAGCCUGUAUGUAGGUCAGUAGGUGUGCUGUGUAGCUGCUGUCUGCUGGUGGGACGUGAAUGAGAGUGGACAGAGCUCAGGCAGGGCUGGACAUCAGCACUGUCCUGCUUCCUUUAGCUAAAGUGACAUUAUGAGGACAAAGCCACGUUACACUCACGGCACACACAGCAGCAGUACGCCAUAACUGCAGGACAUGAGAGUAGUGAAGAGAAGAAACACAGCAGUGCUGUGCUGAGGGAGUGAAAUGCUGACAUGGACGAGUAGAAACCAGGUACAGGAUAGACAGCAGUAAACUCACACACAAUGCGCUUUUCCUCAUUCCACCCUCAGCUGUGUACACUUCACUGCUUACAGCAGUCCUGUACAGACUUCCUGAGUCAGGGACACGACUGUGUGUACUUACACAACACUUCACACACACACACACGCUGAGCCUCACAGAGAAUAAAAGCGUUUUCAGGCAGAAGGCUGUUGAUGUACAGGUGUCAGUGUGAGACAGGAUGUGGUCCUGACCCACACAAUGAACACAAAGCGAUCUGUACAGCUUCAUAUAGAGCGUGCUGGACUGUCUGAGCUCAAACAGCCUGAGGAAGAUGAUAAUAUCACAGAGCAAUCACCUCAGACCUCUCCUGUCGACAACAUGAGGGCAACAUGAGGGCAACAUGGCCUACUGUUGUUGUUUUCAAUUUCUUUAUGUUAUGUACUAUUCUGUUUAGAUAACUGACUGACUGACAGUUCAAAAAUCCCAUCGCAGAGUUUGAACAAAACCUUCCCAGUGAUCUGCUACGUCUCUACACCGUUAGGUGGCUUUCCAGAGGCAAAGUAUCUCAUUUUCUCAAACCUUUGAACCCAGUAAAGCUUUUCCUGGAAGAACAGCACUUGGACGAUCCUGAACUCUCCGAUCCCCACUGAAUUUUUGAUUUAGUGUUUCUGGUGGACAUGCUACAGCACCGGGACACACUGAAAAUAAUCUACAAGGGAAUUUUAAAGAUGCUGCCUUACCUCGUCCAAACAAUAUUUGCAUCUGUCAACAAACUCAAGUUAUUCAAGACUCAUCUUAAAAAGGAAGAACUAACACAUUUUCCUUCUGUGUUAAAUGCAAGCGCACCAGGACCCGAGCUCCUAAAGCUGAGUAUUGCACACUAUACAAUUCUUAUUGCAAAUCUACAACAGAGCUUCAAGGACAGAUUCUACACUUGAAAAGGUCACAAAUUAUGAUGCUUGUUAACCCCUUUGCUGCUGAAUCGGACUGACUGUUUGAACAUGUGAAAUAGAGAUGACUGAAGAAUUUUCUGAAGAUGAGAGACUCAGGUCUGUUCUGAGGGAGAGAACCUCAAUGGAGAAGUAUGCCAAUGUAAAACAAGCUGCACUGAGGCUACUAUCAAUGUUUGGGUCAACCUAUAUUUGUGAAUCAGUUUUAUCAUCCCUGAAAUGUGAACUCAAAGUAUCGCGCUGUUCUUACUGACACAUCUGAAAGAAUUGCUUCAAGUAGCCACAGCUGAAUACAAGCCAGAUUUGAAGCAGAUUGAGGAGAACGAGCAGCGCCAGAAGUCCCACAGAGUCAAAAUCAGGUACAUGUCAGAACGUUGAUGUGGAGACGUCACAGUCAUGGCUACUGUAACAUCAUUCUGAAAUGAUGACAUGGAAUAAAUCUGGACCUGGUUUCAGUACAGAAACGCAAAGCAAGCGAACACACGCUGCAUCUCAGUCUGCUGAAUACUGCAUCUUACUCUGCUGAACAUUGUGCUACUCACCUGCGUUUCACCUGUAGAACUAUUUUGCGCUAUCACGUUGUUGGGUAAGUAAAAAGAUUACUUAAAAAUAUUUAUUUGCGCCCCAGAAGAAAUGCAGCUUCUGAAACAUGUGUCAGUUCAAGUAUUUGAGAAGUUGACUCAAAUACUGUUAUUUGACAUACAGACUAAUUAAUUUAUUCACAGCCCGUCUCCUGGUCAGCUGACAUCACCAGGCUGAACACCGAGAGCUUUUAAAGAAUAAACUGCAGAAGUCACUUAACGCUACCUAGAACCUAAAGGCCUAACAUGAACAAUUAACAAUUACUAAUGAGAUAGGAAUUUAGGUUAUUAAUUAUGCUCAGUAGUUUAUAUAACAAGGUCUUAAUAAAGCGUUUAUUGUGUAUUAUCGCAACUAUCUAAUGAGUUAUAUUCACAUAACAAAUCUCAGUUAGCUGCUAGAACUGAUUUUACAAUGUUGACAUGAAAUAAAAAUUUCAUGAAUUCUUUUUUUUUUUUUUUUAGUAGGGACCGUGAAGGAAGAAAUCACACUCGACUGUACAAAGUUUUACAAACUCACACUGUACUGUGUUUUAGCUGUACAUUUAUUUAUCUUGCCAUCACAUUUUUGGGUAAGUACAAAAGAUUGUUUGUUUUGCCAGUUAAAGAAAAGCAGUGCAUGUCCACAGAGCCGUUUCUGAUCAUUUGGGGGCUCGAAGCGACUCCUAACUCAGGGGCCCCAACCCACACCAAUGAUAUUAUUUUAUGUGCAAGAAUGAACAGAAUUAAUACUUCACUAUGUUGGAUAAGGGAAUGUGUCUCUUCCUGUUUUCUGGAAGUGUUUAAAAAUUAUCUACAGAAAGUAUUAUAUGUAUACUGUACGUAUAGAAGUAGUCUGGAUAGAUAGCUGUGAUUUUACGAUCAGUAGUCGUUGGUUUUUUGCUGUGAAAAAACAUUUGGACUCAGGGCCCACUAUUAUUUAUUAGUGUUAUUGUUCCGUAGAUUUAUGAGCUGCUGUUUUAAACUUUGUAGCCAGCGAUAGGUGAAUUUUUACAGUUAUUACAUGUUGGAAAAAUAUGAGACAGCACGGUUAGAGGAUAUCUUAGGAAACUAUGUGGUACAGAUUUUAAAGAAUAAUUCAGUUGCACAUACAACAGCAGCUAUAAUAUCUGUGUGUGAUAUCAUCCUCAAAAUCCACUCUUCAGUUUAUAAAACCCUCUCAUACUCUCAGUUUAAACCAGACAUAUUUUAGCAUUUAAAAUAUAUUAGCAUAAAGUAUAAUUAAGUAGAAUUAAUAGAAACCUGAGUAAUCUUAUGCCUCUCUGAUUUAUCAAACACCAAAUGAACCUGCAGAAGAACUGAGAGACAAACAUGAGCCGCAAGCAAGAAGACUGCUACUUCUUCUUUAACUCCACAUGCACCAAGGGGGAUCGUUGCCCUUUCCGGCACUGUGAAGCCGCCAAGGGCAGCAAGACGGUGUGCAAAUUCUGGCUGCAGAACCGCUGCUUAAACAAGGCAUGCAGAUUUCGGCACAUGGACAUCAAGAAAAACCGCAGAGAAGUUCAGUGCUACUGGGAAAAGCAGCCAGGCGGUUGCCGAAAGCAGGACUGCACCUUUAAACACCAGAAGCCACGGACCAUCAGACGGCUUCCUGUUCUCCAGGCCAAAAAGUCUCUAGCUUCUGAGAAAUGGAAUGAAAAUCUAUCACCUUCUGAUGUGACACCUGGCCAGAAGAAGAAACACUCAGGGAGCUUCUGCUCGGCUGAUGCUGAGCGACUCCACUGCAAAUGUGUUAAGAAAAACCAGCCAGACCAAUGCAGAAAACAGGACUGCAACUUUAAGCCUGAGAAGUCCAUCAGACAGCAUAUUGUUGUCCCAGCCGAAGACAAUGAGAUCAACUUGAUAAUCAAAGCCCUUGAGGAGCUUAAGCUGGAGGACAGUGUGAACACCCAUUUAAGAACAGCUGGGUCUCCUGCUUCUGAGGACUUCUAUGAAAGUCUAUCAGUAAAACAGACACCUUGUAAUGUGAGACCUGGCAGGAAGAGAAAGACUGCAUGGAGCGUCUGCUCGAAUGAUGAACCGCCCUGCAAGCGUGCUAAGUUUCACCAUCUUUAACCCAGGAGAGAAGACAAUCCCAUUUUCCAGAGUCCUGGACCAAUAAAGCUGCAUUCUCAUAUAUUGUGGAAGUUUCUACAGUUUAUUCCUGCAGGCAAAUGAUGAAGGCUUGAUGAAGGCUGAUAUAUGUGGCAAUUAAUUUACAGAAAGAAGAGCGCAUACUUCUGGUCCUAGUUACACAAACGGCUUCCAAAGGGUGUUUCCAACCUCAGAACUGUUGCUCACUCAAUGAUUUUUGUUUUUUGCCCCAUUCUGUGUAAUCUCUAGAGACUGUUGUGUUUCAGCAGUUUCUGAAAAACUCAAAUCAGCCCAUCUGGUACCAACAUCUAUGCCACAAUCGAAAUCAUAGAGAUCACAGUUUUUCUUUAUUCUGGUGUUUGAUGUGAACAUUAACUGAAGCUCUUGACCUGUAUCUGCAUGAUUUUAUGCAUUGUGCUGCUGCCACAUGAUUGGCUGAUUAGAUAAACUGCAUGAAUGUACAGGUGUUCCUAAUAAAGUGGACAGUGGGUGUAUAUUCUAGAAUAGAGUUAUAUAGAAUUGUCUCAAAGCCACUUUCUGAGCAUCAAACCUCUGUGAGUUAGGCAGUUGUUGUCAUUAAUGAAACUAAAUGGUCAUGUUAUCAUGCCUUUGCACUUAAGAUUAUGGUUUGUGGAAUUUCUUUCAUGCACUGACAAUGGUCUAACUGAUCAAAACCAUUUUUGUAAAUUGUCCUAAAUUCAGCACUUUGUUAUGCUUGGUUCUUUUUCUUUAAAUUUAUUUUUAAAAAAUUCUGAAAAACUGUUUCUGACAGCACUAAGGAGAAAGAAAUCCUUAGAGGAAGCAGACUCAGCAGGGAGAACCCAUCCUCCACUGACCAGCCCUGAGAGCAAUGCAUUAGCAUAUCUGUAACUACUAAAUUGCCUGAGCAUUAAAUUGCUAGAAAUUAGCUGAAGAAAAGAGACAUCAGCUUCAUCAGUUCUAACAAUCUCAGACAAUGUCGUACCUGUUGUCAUGUUUUCCAAAUUACUGUCAGUCAUAAAGUGAACAUUUUUUCCUGGGUCACAUGUGAUCUCUGACAAGAAUAAAAGUUUGGAUACACUA